AAAAAAUACAACAUGUUUUUCGCGUGGUGAUAUUUACAGGACGACCACACGAACAACUUCCGCGAAAUCGAAAUUGCAGCAUAAUUGAGCAACAGUAACUUCAGUUUCCAUUUGCACGUGUGAAAAAUGGCUGAACGGAAAUAGCGGAAAGUAAAUCCCGCGCUGUGGUUAUUGAACCGACUCCCGGGAUGAAUAUGACAAAUGGAGUUGCAUGGUAAUUGCACCUACUCGAUGGAAAUAAAAGGGACAACGACCUCGAUCAACCUUCGUGGACUUGAACCAAUUACAAUCAAUUUAAGUUGCAAUCACUUCAGCACACCUGAAUUUCUACAUUCUAAACCGAGCUCCGACCCUAGCCUGCUUGAUUUGGGGUCGUAGAUCAGAUCAUGGCGUUGCGACUCUCAUUGGUAGCAGUUCUACUCCUGUUAUUGGUGGCUAGUACUACUACAACAACAGCAGCUGCUGCUCAAGCCCUGCCUGGUUGCUCAGACAAGUGCGGCAAUCUCACAAUUCCAUACCCAUUUGGCAUGGAGGAGGGUUGUUACCUGCGAGAAGAAUUCUUUAUCAAUUGUAGCAAUACCACCCAACCACCAACAGCAUAUUUAAGAGUCAGCAAUAUCAUUGUUACCAACAUUUCCCUUGAUGAAGGUGAGUUGCAAAUAUCCAACAACGUGGCUGAAGCUUGCUUUAGCGAGCAGGGCAAUGUGACAUCCAGCAAUGAUUAUUCGCUCGACCUGCCCCUUCCUUAUACGAUAUCCGAUACCAAAAACAAGCUCUACACCGUUGGUUGUGACACUAAUUCAAUUUUACAAGGCUUCCUAGGGGAAGAUGAGUUCGAUACGGGGUGCAUUUCCAUAUGCAACAGGCUUGACAUUGUUGAUCAAUAUUCUUGCUCUGGCGCUGGGUGUUGCCAGACUAACAUCCCCAGAGGGUUGAAAAAUACGACGGUGACGUUGUAUACCAUCAACAGUCAUAAGGAUAUAUGGGGCUUUAACCCCUGCAGCUACGCCUUCAUUGCAGAGCAAGGACAGUUCAAUUUCUCGGCUGCAAGUUUAAAGAAACAGGACAACAACUCCUGGCUUCCAGCGGUUCUUAAUUGGGCUAUUGGGAAUGACACAGACUCCUGUGAUGAAGCUCAAAAGAGGAAGGAUUUCGCUUGCAAGGCUAAUAGCAGGUGCGCCAACGCGCCUAUCAAUGGGUCUGUAGGUUACUUGUGCCAAUGCUUACCUGGUUAUGAAGGAAACCCCUACCAUCCAGAUGGUUGCCAAGAUAUUGAUGAGUGCACGGCUUUAAACCCCUGCAAUGGACUGAAUGAAGUAUGUGUAAAUUCACUAGGGAAUUACUCUUGUUUAUGUCGCAAUGGCUACAAAAACAAUGGCCCGAAUGGAAAGUGCAUCAAAGACAAUUCCAGCGACCGUCUCCUGCUCAUAAUUCUUUCAUUGGGAAUUUCUGUAGGCCUAUUUGUGAUUUUAUUAGUUGGAAGUUUAUGGAUGUAUUGGGGACUGAAGAAAAGGAAGUUCAUAAAACUCAAAGAGAAGUACUUUACAGAAAAUGGUGGUUUAUUGUUAAAACAAAAACUCACUAGUCAAGGAGGAUCUGUUGAGACAACCAAACUAUUUACUGCAGAAGAACUUGAGAAGGCCACAAACAAUUACCAUGAAAGUAGAAUCCUUGGUGAAGGAGGGUAUGGAACAGUUUACAGAGGCAUAUUACCAGAUAACCAAGUGGUUGCAAUAAAAAAGUCCAAAGUUGGUGCCCCGACUCAAACUGAUCAGUUUGUUAAUGAGGUGAUUGUUCUUUCUCAAGUCAACCAUAGAAAUGUAGUAAGGCUAUUAGGUUGUUGUUUAGAGACAGAAGUCCCUUUACUCGUAUACGAGUUCAUCACCCAGGGCACUCUCUUUGAGCACAUUCACAAGAAAAAGGGUAAAGGGUCAUCACUUUCAUGGGAACUCCGAUUGAAGAUAGCAUCAGAAACUGCAGGAGCACUAGCAUACUUGCACUCCUCCACUUCCACACCAAUCAUACACCGAGAUGUGAAAACAAUGAAUAUACUAUUAGAUGACAAUUACACAGCCAAAGUGUCAGAUUUUGGAGCUUCACGUUUCAUUCCUAUUGAUCAAACUCAACUAGCAACAAUGGUGCAAGGCACAUUUGGAUACUUGGACCCUGAAUACUUCCAUUCAAAUCAACUAACAGAAAAGAGUGACGUCUAUAGCUUUGGAGUGGUUCUAGCAGAGCUACUCACAAGUAAAGUGGCAUUUUCUUUUGCAAGGCCUGAGGCAGAGAGAUGCCUUGCACACUUUUUUGUUUGUUCGGUGGAAGAUGGUCACUUGAACCAAAUUCUAUAUGAUGACAUUAUUAAUGAAGGAGAUAUUGACCAGAGAGUAAUAGAAAAUGUGGCCCAUCUUGCAAGAACAUGUUUGAGGGUAAAAGGGGAGGAAAGGCCUACCAUGAGAGAAGUAGCCAUGGAGCUGGAAAGAAUGAUUAUGACAAAGCAUCCAUGGGGUUCUGCAGAUCAUUACUUCCCAGAAGAGACUAAGCACUUGCUCGGAUCACCUAAUACUUCCAAGGAUUAUGUUGUGAAUGUUGAUGGUGAUGGUGGUCCUGGUACAACCAGUGGGUGUGACAGCAUGCAAAUCGAAAUGUUAAUGUCAUAUGCUGAUGGGCGAUAGAGUUAGUGGACUUUUUAAUAGUAAUUCAGUGUUUGAAAUGUAAACGUAUAUCAGUUUGCCUGGUGUUUAAUUAUGUUGUAUGUAACUUAUCUCUGGAUGUAUGUAUAAAUACAAGGUUAACCUGGUG